AAUAAAGCAGGCCAUGGAUUUUAAAUUAAAAAUGCUAAAUGAAAUUUCUAUAUAAACACAAGGGAUUAAAAAACACAGAUUGUUCAGCUAUUUCUGCGGCUUAAGUGAUAACAGUUUUCCAGCCUCAGAUCAUUAGAAUCGAUAUCGUGAACAUGUGCAUCUUGAUUGAACUAUUUCGCGAAUCAGCCAAAAGUGAUCCCAAGAAUUUCGUGAGAAUAGCACAUCCGCUAUCAGUGAUUUUGGUAUUGGCUGGCUCCGCAUUUUUCGUUUCCCUCCAAAUGUUUCACGUGGUGCCCAAUAUAUUUGGUGUCGAUACAUUUAUGCACAGAUUUGGCUGGGUGACGGCCAUCUUUAUAACAUACAAUAUCCUGGGGAAUAUGCUGGCCUGUUAUUUCACAAGCUCAUCGGUGGAGAGUUUGCCCAAGGAUUGUCAAGUUCCGGUUCCAGAAGAGGAGCACCUGUGGCGUUACUGUGAAACCUGUGAAAAGCUCAUGCCUCCGAGAUCCUGGCACUGUAUACUGUGUAAGUGCUGCAUUCUGAAGCGGGAUCAUCAUUGCAGCUUCACGGCCAAUUGCAUCGGACACAAUAACCAUCGAUAUUUCUUCUGGUUCACAUUCUAUUUGACCCUUGGAACCAGCUUGAGUCUAGCUGCCUUAUUUAUUGAUGCGGUAAUGGAAUUCUGGUCUUUUGUGACGUGGCGGCGGUUGUUGCUAUUGGAAACUUCUUCCCUAAAAUCAGCCAUGCGGUUUGUUUACUGUCGCUACAUUAUCAUACUCCUCAACGUUUUCGCCGGCCUUUUUCCUGCCCACAUGCUGUAUUUUCAAAUAGAGAGUCUUAAGUCGAACUCUACGUACUACAAAAUAUACAGUCGGCAUUACAACCUGGGUUUCCGGAAGAACUGCCAGGAUAUAAUGGGUCAACGAGGCCUCUGGACUUUCUUAUCGCCCAUGUUGAAGAGUCCCUUGCCACGCGAUGGAACCCGGUGGCCGAUGAAGCAGGCCGUCUAAUUUAAUGAAUAUUUUGUUUACCUUAUAUUGAAAAAUAUUUAUAUAUUCUUUCAUCAGGGAUAAAUUGCUUAGCUUGUCAUUAGUAAAAUAAAAAUUUAUUCGGUCAACGC